CCCGCCGAAACGGCGGAGAGCUGAGGGAAGCGCGGUAAGGAGCAGUCGCCGCUGCAGUCGCUGGCAGAGCAGCUCCGCAGCUUCCCGCUGCUGGUUAGUCAGUCCCGCGGUUGCGGGCGGGAGGGCGGCCAGUCCGGGCGCGCUCUGCAGCUCGUCCCUCACCGCCGUCCCCGCGUCCUCCCUCCGCAGCUCCUCGGGGAGGGGGGCGGUCGGUGCCUGCGCAGAGCCGCCUCCUCCCCGCCCCCGCCCCGCCUCCCCACGCGCCGCCGCCGCCGCCGCCCGCGACCGCCGCCGCCGCCGCCGCCGCCGCCGCUGCGCCUGCUGCUUCUCGCCGUCCCCGCUGCAGUGCGAAGGGCUCGAAGAUGGCCGGUUGGCAGAGCUACGUGGAUAACCUGAUGUGCGAUGGCUGCUGCCAGGAGGCCGCCAUUGUCGGCUACUGCGACGCCAAAUACGUCUGGGCAGCCACAGCCGGGGGCGUCUUCCAGAGCAUUACGCCAGUAGAAAUAGAUAUGAUUGUAGGAAAAGACCGGGAAGGUUUCUUUACCAAUGGUUUGACUCUUGGCGCAAAGAAGUGCUCGGUGAUCAGAGAUAGCCUAUAUGUGGAUGGUGACUGCACAAUGGACAUCCGGACAAAGAGUCAAGGUGGGGAGCCAACAUACAACGUUGCCGUCGGCAGAGCUGGGAGAGCAUUGGUUAUAGUCAUGGGAAAGGAAGGUGUCCACGGAGGCACACUUAACAAGAAAGCAUAUGAACUCGCUUUAUACCUGAGGAGGUCUGAUGUGUAAGCAGCCUCUCCCCAUCUACCUAGCAACUGUCUUCAUCACCACCCCAAUUACGGUCACAGUGCUACCAGACUAUAGAUGGUAGCUAAUUUUUCUUUACUUAUUUUCUAAUGUCACGAUUCCUGUUUGCCCAAUGGAUCAUUUGUAUGUUAACCACUGUAUGUAACCAACCUUAUCUGGCAACAUAAUUGCAGCACAGUAAUGAUUUGCAUGAUACCUUGAAAUUUGGGGGGAGGGGGCAUGCCAAGUUGGGCAUCACUUUGUCUUAGCAAUUAAUGGGAUAUUGAUUACUAAAAUAAGUUAAUAUUAAGCAAGGUGCCGGUUGUACAAUCUCUAAUUUGAUCAGUGUCUUUCAGCACUUUGAGCAUUUACUUAGCUCAUUUAGUCUUCCUUUUGUAGCGCAUGGUUGGGAGGAAAAAGUGCAUGCGUCUUUCCUUCACUCCUCUUUUCCCACCCCCUCCCUUCGCACAUAGGUAUUUGGUUUGCUUCCAUCUUCUUUUAUGCAGUGCCUGGUUUAUUUAACCAAUUAAUAUUCCUUUUGUUGAUGAGCUAUUGAGAGCUGCAGUAGUUUGCUUUUAGUAUUGCUGUUGCACUUGAGUAAAGACAAAUCUUUUUUCAUAGUGUCUACAGGACAUAUGACAAGUGCAACUGCAAAACAAGAGCAAAGGCACUUCCUCCCAUGACCUUAUAGUAACCAUACUGAUUGAAUCCCCAGGGACAUUCCAUCAUUGCAAUAGCUCACGUUUUUGUUCCUCUUUUUCUUUGCACACCAGCUCUACUCUUUAGUAAAAUUGUAAAAGGCUGCCAUUAUGGACAUUUGGUAUCCCAACAUAACCAUCUGGAGUGUGUCCAGUUUGUUCUUCACAGGACCAAUUUUUAUUUGCAGCUUGAGUUUUUAUAUGAAGUUGCAUUAUUGUGGACUUGGCUGUCUUGUGAUGAAUUUUUUUCAUAUGUAUUCUGUGCCAUACAAUUGUUAAAAUGAACUGUUGCUAUUGUGAGAUGGAUUUUAACUGACCUCUUAAAGGUUUCUUUCGAAUGGCACUACUUUAGGGACAUUCUAGUAUUUGCUUCUAUUGUUUGGGCCUUGUGGAUAAUGUACAGAUUUAAAAACAAAUCUUGUUGCUGAUUUGUCCAUUUCUUUCCCUGCACUUUGUUACAUCUGGGAUACAGUCUAACUCAUCUGAUUUAAUAUGCAUUUAAAAAAAUGCCAUAACUAUUAAACACCUUGUUUACAGACAGAUGAAAUAAAUU